UAAGUACUAGAGUUAGCGCCGUCCAGAGUUAGCUUUGUAUAGCUUAAUGCCCAAUCCUAAAAAUGACGCAUGGCCAUAACAGUGCUUCCUCCACCCGUGGAACCAGUGCGCGCCGUUAUUUAAAUUGCCCUUUCCGCAGAGCGGGUCACGUGGUUUUGUUUACGAUCGGGCACGUGAGGUUGAGUUCUAGUGCUGUCGCUCUUCGAAUCUCGUAUAUCGACUGUACCGUCAAUGUGAGCCUUUUCGAUACCCUCAGGAAGUUAAUGAUAGCUUUGUGGCUGCGAGCAAUUACGUGCCGUAAGCAUUUUAGGUACAUUUAUAGGAAGGUACAUACAGUCAUAUUCAAAGAUGGGUAAAGCGGACAAAAUUUCCGUGGUGAAAAAAGUCCGACAUGCUCCGCUGGCGGAACAGAUCGAAUCGGAAGGAACCGUAACAGCGACAGGUCGUGUGAAGAAUCGACGCAAAAGAGACCCCGAUCAACAAGAUGAGUACGUGAAUUCACGGCUGACAAAACACAUUCUAGCGGAAGCUCGACACCAACAGGAACAUCCUGAAGAUGAGGUCGAAUUCUCAUCUUCGGCUUCAUUCGAUGAACGGAGGGGCCGAAACAAGGUUGCCAUCAAGGCACCGACCCUCGGUUCCGAUUCAGAAGGAGAAGAUCUUGAAGAGAGCGAAGAGCGACGUAUUUAUGAAGCCGAAGAGUUUGAGAUCGAUGAAGAAGCCGCUAAACAAAUGGAACUUUUCAUGCGUACUAAACAAGAGGAACGCCGUACGUUGGCUGACAUUAUUAUGGAGAGGUUGACAGCCAAGGAAACAGAGGUUCGUACACAAUUCUCCGAUGAUACACAUUUUGAAGACAUGAACCCAAAGGUCGUGGAGAUGUAUAUAGGUGUGAAGACUUUGCUAAAAAAAUACCGCUGCGGCAAGCUUCCCAAAGCGUUCAAGAUCAUUCCAGCCUUGGAAAACUGGGAACAAGUUUUAUAUAUAACAGAACCAGACAACUGGACAGCUGCCGCAAUGUAUCAGGCGACACGGCUUUUUGCGUCCAAUCUGAAGGAGAAAAUGGCGCAACGCUUUUAUAACCUGGUUCUUCUUCCCCGCGUACGAGAUGAUAUCGACGAAUUUAAACGGCUAAACUUUCAUCUUUAUCAGGCACUCCGCAAAGCAAUAUUUAAACCAGGCGCCUUCUUUAAAGGAAUCGUCUUGCCUCUCUGUGAGAGUGGUAGUUGCACACUUCGUGAGGCAAUUAUUAUAUCAUCGGUAUUGACUAAGAAUUCAGUCCCAGUGCUACAUGCGUGCGCUUGUAUGUUGAGGUUGGCAGAAAUGGAAUAUUCGGGUGCAAACUCAAUCUUUCUUCGGGUGUUAAUUGAUAAAAAGUACACUCUUCCUUAUCGGGUUAUUGAUGCACUAGUAUACCACUUUCUCAGGUUCGAAACGGAUCAGCGUAAGCUACCUGUCCUUUGGCACCAGUGCUUCCUGACAUUCGCCCAACGCUAUAAAACUGAUGUCUCAGAAGACCAGAAAGAAGCAUUGCUGAAACUGCUAAAGGUCCAUUUUCAUCCACAAAUCACUGAUCAGAUUCGAUAUGAGUAUAACAAUUCAACCUGCCGUGAGAGUGAAUUUGCUCCUAUGCAGACGAUGUAAAAGGGUUGUGAAGCGGGAGGUUGCAGUGUUCAGUCGAUGAAAUAGUUCUGUGGGUGUUCUAGUGGUAGUUACCGUACUCUGUACUAUCGAGCCUGUUUACGUUAAUAAACUAUUAAACGAAAUAUAAAAUGCUGA